ACAUGACUGCGCCUAAUAACAUGCUGAAAUAAUAAUCCAGCACCUGUAUGACACGCGCUGUUAGUCCAGACAGCCCCCUGUCCGUCAGUCCUACCUCGCUCUAUAACCGGGAGCCAAACCGGGGGAGGUGGAGAGGGGAAAUAAUCACGCGCUCCGGUUACGCGAGAGAUGCGCACGCCACCCUGCACGCUCACCCUCACACGUUACGCUGUUUUGCACAGAAUUAACGGGUGCGCUGAUUUGGUUUUGGGGGUUGAGGGUCUCGGAAGAGCGCAGGACGUAGUUUGGAGACAUGAAGGACCGCAUGCACGAGCUGAAGCAUGGUAAGGACACUGAAGAAGAGGAGGAGGUGGCAGUGGGCAUGGAGAAAGGCUUCAUGGAUGAGUUCUUUGAACAGGUGGAAGAGAUACGUGGCUACAUCGACUCGCUGGCUGAGAAGGUAGAAGAGGUGAAGCGGAAACACAGCGCCAUCCUUGCCUCACCAAAUCCGGAUGAAAAAACGAAAGCAGAACUCGAGGACCUAAUGACAGACAUCAAGAAGCUGGCUAACAAAGUGCGCUCUAAGUUAAAGAGUAUCCAGCAGACCAUUGAGCAGGAGGAAGGACAGAACAGGUCUUCAGCUGAUCUGAGGAUACGGAAGACACAACAUUCCACUCUGUCACGUAAAUUCGUGGAGGUGAUGUCAGAGUACAACGCCACGCAAUCGAGUUACAGGGAGCGCUGCAAGGGCCGGAUCCAGAGACAGUUGGAGAUUACUGGAAGGAACACGACAAACGAGGAGCUGGAAUGCAUGCUGGAAAGUGACAACCCAGCAAUCUUCACUUCGGGGAUCAUCAUGGACUCCAACAUCACCCAGCAGGCCAUGAAUGAGAUCGAAACCCGGCACAAUGAGAUCAUCAAACUGGAGAACAGCAUCCGCGAGCUGCACGACAUGUUCAUGGACAUGGCCAUGCUGGUAGAGAGUCAGGGCGGGCUCGUUAACAACAUCGAAUCGAACGUACGUGACGCCGAAGAAUAUGUGGAAAGAGCCAAAGAAAACACUAAAGCUGCUAUUAAAGUGCAAAAAACAAGCAAGGUGAAGUUGAUCCUGUUAGGUGUGUGUGUGGCAUUUUGUCUGCUCAUCCUCAUCGUCUCUCUCGCCGUUGGACUCGGCUGACGCGCUCAUGAGCCGAAGUGUUACUCAACCACACGCUACAAGAAGUCGGGACGGGUUUCUGACUCUGUUCAGAAUCACAAGACAGUGGGUUUGGAUAAUGAGUCAAAUCAUAAACCAGGUUCAUUGUAAUUAGUUAGUUUGUUAGUAUUAUUCUCUAUAGUUUAGGGUUCAUUUUAUAGCCUUUUAACACCAUGUAUAAAGACACAAAGCUAUUUUUACUGAACUGAAUUUUUUAUUUUUAUUUUUUUAAGUGACUAUUUAACAUUUUAACACCAUCACAGGACAUUUUUUAAGUGGUAGAGAUAUUGUCUGUAGAAAACAGACAGGACUCUUUGAGCUCAUGUGUACAACUACCUCACUCCUUUCUCUCGUGUGUUUGUGUGUUUGUGUGUUUGUGUGUGUGUGUGUGUGUGUGUGUGUGUGUGUGUGUGUGUGUGUGUGUGUGUGUGUGUGUGUGUGUCAUUAUGCCUGCUCUUUACCUGCAUGCACUUCAAGACUGUCUGAUGUUUGUGACACUUGCCUUUCGGUCUAAUCCUGUUUUUGACAUGGCCUCAUUGACGUCCUCUAACGAUCUGCUUGUGUUCUACAAGAAUGAAUAGACACUUGGACCACAACACGUCUCCAGUGUUGAGGAGAAAUGUAAAAUGGAUGGAUGCAUGGACCCUGAACUGAUCUCUUAUAUCUCCGUAUCUCUUUCAGCCAUUAUAAUGUAGAAGCUUUCAGAACAGAAACAAAAGGGAAAAAAAAAAAAAUUCAAACAUCCCUAUUGGCUAAUCCUGUUUCUCAUCGCAGAAGCUGGUGUGCAAUAUAAAGUGAUCUCAGAAUCAUGCUGAUGUGAUGUGGUGAUUGUGUAGAACACAACACAUGACAGAUGAUGUGAGGGCUACAACAUGACGAGUGAGGAAAGUUCAGGAAGAAAGCUCGGCGUCGAUGAACAGGAAAAACAGGAACGUGAACUUCAUUCAUCAUGAAAAUGAGAGAAUAAUAGGGAAAAUAAACAGAUCUCAAUGAAUAGCUCGAUGAGAUUUUUCAUCAGAGCUCUGAGGGUUUGUCUAAAGAACCUCAAGGAUGAAGGAGAAAGGACGAAGAACGAGGAACUGUCGGUUAAAAGCAGCAUUAGAACAGAACAGCUAUUAUCUUCUGUGAAGAUGGCAGUAUCUUCCUUCUGGUGCAUUAUUUAUUCUUGGUGCAAGUCAUACAUGGGUUUCUGACAUCCCCAUGUGGUGAGUGUGUGUAGGGCGGUGUGUGUGUGUGUGUGUGUGUGUGUGUGUGUGUGUGUGUGGUGUGUAUUCAUCUGCUGCAUGUUACUACAGUAUGUGAAUGUACCGUAAGGCUCGCUUCUGGUUUUCAGCGUCAUCCUUGUGCAGAAACUUUUACACUUUUAUGUCUGUCUAGUAAUAAAGGUUAAUGUCAUGAAAUAAUGAAGAUGAUUAACUCAAUGAUUCCUUCUUUUUUCUUCAUGCUGCCGCGGAUUUCUUGUGAA